CGCCGCGCGGCCGGAUCCCGCCGCGCUCCGGCGCCGCGCCCCGCACCGCGCGCCCCCUGAGCGCUCCGCAGCCCUGACACUGUCUCCCCACGCCGCGACAGCUUACAAACCUACUUUGGGGUCUUAAAACGAAACCGUACACCAUUUCACUGUGGACAUUACACCCUCUUUCAGAUAUGGGAGACAUGGGAGACCCACCAAAAAAAAAACGUCUGAUUUCCCUAUGUGUUGGUUGCGGCAAUCAAAUUCACGAUCAGUAUAUUCUGAGGGUUUCUCCGGAUUUGGAAUGGCAUGCGGCGUGUUUGAAGUGUGCAGAGUGUAAUCAGUAUUUGGACGAGACCUGUACGUGCUUUGUUAGGGAUGGCAAAACCUACUGUAAAAGAGAUUAUAUCAGGUUAUACGGCAUCAAGUGCGCCAAAUGCAGCAUCGGCUUCAGCAAGAAUGACUUCGUGAUGCGCGCCCGCGCCAAGGUGUACCACAUCGAAUGUUUCCGCUGCGUGGCCUGCAGCCGCCAGCUCAUCCCUGGCGAUGAAUUCGCGCUGCGGGAGGACGGCCUCUUCUGCCGGGCGGACCACGACGUGGUGGAGCGGGCCAGCCUGGGCGGUGGGGACCCCCUCAGCCCCCUGCACCCCGCCCGGCCGCUGCAGAUGGCAGCAGAACCUAUCUCUGCCAGACAGCCAGCUCUGCGGCCCCACGUCCACAAGCAGCCCGAGAAGACCACCCGAGUCCGGACUGUCCUCAAUGAAAAACAGCUUCACACUUUGAGGACCUGCUACGCUGCCAACCCCAGGCCUGACGCCCUCAUGAAAGAGCAACUGGUAGAAAUGACUGGCCUUAGCCCGAGGGUCAUCAGGGUUUGGUUUCAAAACAAGAGAUGCAAGGACAAAAAAAGGAGCAUUAUGAUGAAGCAACUUCAGCAGCAGCAACCCAAUGACAAAACUAAUAUCCAAGGGAUGACAGGAACUCCUAUGGUGGCUGCUAGUCCGGAGAGACAUGACGGUGGUUUGCAGGCGAACCCCGUGGAGGUGCAGAGUUACCAGCCGCCCUGGAAAGUACUGAGUGACUUCGCGUUGCAGAGUGACAUAGACCAACCUGCUUUUCAGCAACUAGUUAAUUUUUCAGAAGGAGGACCUGGUUCCAAUUCUACUGGAAGUGAAGUAGCAUCAAUGUCCUCUCAGCUGCCAGAUACACCCAACAGCAUGGUAGCCAGUCCUAUUGAGGCAUGAGGAACAUUCGCUCAAAUUUCUGUUGUUGUUGUUUCUGCCCUUAUCCUCAUCCCGUUGGAGAGAGUGGGAAAGUGAACGUGUUGUGACUCCGAAAUUUAGGGGGAAAGAAUAUUUAACAACCCCGUAAGAAACCUAGCAAGGAGCUGUUCCAUGAGAUGAACGGAGUCAUGUUUGAAAAGACAAGGUAAUAUGGUAGCAACACUGUGAAGACAAUCAUGGGAUCUUACUAGAAAAAAAUACUAAAAAGAACCACAAACCCUGCGCUUUUCAAUGAUCAGAGGAGGAUCAAAAAGACGUUUUCCAAACGUAAAGGAUUUGUACCCGUGGAUCU